AUGCGCGGGAGUUGUAAUUUUAGGCAGCGCGCGGUGAGGGGCGCGCGGGCGGGGGCGGGCCGCAUCCGCUCUAGCGGAGUGCCCGAGCCCACCGCUGCGACCAUUUCGUCAUUUAGGCGCGCUGACUCAAAUGCGAACGAUUACGACACAGAUAUUUCAGGCGUAUCCCGGCGCAAGACGGCAGCUGGCACGGCGGACGACCCCGGCGCUGAGUACCCUAGCCAUCGUGUAACAAGCAGAAAUUUCAGUGAUCUCGCAGCCGAAUGUAUAACAGCUUGCGUAAUCACCGACGUCACUGCAUACACGAUUUUU